AUGACAUCGAGGCUCAAGCACAGGCUUGAGCUCGAAAAUGUUGAACCUCAAUACCUAAAGCUCACUGCAGAUCGGAACGCCGUUGCCAGCUCUCGCGGACCACAAGAAGGACAAGCAAGAGUACCUACCGGUUUGGGAGCAAGAGGUGAGCUGACUGUGCAGGCUCACUCUAACAGCAGGUACGCGAUGAGAAGGGCCGAAGACGAUUUCAUGGAGCCUUUACUGGCGGCUGGUCUGCUGGGUAUUUCAACACCGCUGGUUCGAAGGAAGUCUUCACGAUCCAACCGGUCGCAACAUCAGCAGCGUCCAGAGGACUUCAUGGACGACGAAGAUCUUCAGCAGAUGAACGAUGACAGGAAGCUCGAGAAUACCGACACGUUCAAGGACGAUGGAUUCGCCGGUCUUCCUUCGGCUCUUCAGUCGCUUAUCAUUCCUUCAAAAACCUCUAUGGGACAUGCUCUACUUCAAAAGCUGGGCUGGCGACCAGGUCAGGGUAUAGGACCGCGCGUGACCCUUCGCAAGCUCCGGAUACAGGAGGGCAAGCUCGGCAGAGCGCGGGCAGGUCUCGAAAUUGAGGAGGAGCCUGAGGAAGCAAGCAAGCACACAUACGCGCCAAGAGAUACCCAGCUUCUCACGUACGCUUCUAAAGACGACAAAGCAGGUCUCGGCUUUCAAAAGGGAAGGGGCAUGGGGCCGCUGCCAGGAAAGCGGGGUGUUUACGGAGCGGGGCCUGGUGAGGAUGACGAGGAAGACGCCUAUACUACAACCUCUGGGGCCGACAGGACGGUCUACGCUUUUGAUGAUGAAGACGAAGACAACGUGGUCAUGGUCGGGCAACAGUCGGACCGACCCGAGAGGAGUUCCCAAAGACAAAUGGUAAGGAAGGUUCUACAUCAGGCGCUUACGCUCAGGUGGGGCUUCCCGGAUGUUGCAGCGGAUUGGAAGCCGGACCCUGCCAGGGUCUGGAAGACGCAGAAGGUGGACGAAGCUGGCGUGUCUGCUCGUGGUGCCCCUGGCCGACCACUCACUCAUGGGCAGAGGGGACAAGCUCUUGGUGAGAACACGAAAGUUGCGAACGCCAAAUCUGUCUGGGACUACAUGUCCGUGAAGGACCGAGAGCGCCUGGAGGCGAUUGCAGCACAGGCACGCCAGGCGGCCGCACCACCACCGACACUCUCCAUGGAAGCUGAGCCCGAGGUUCCUCCAGAGCGCGCAACGGAGAUUUUCAUUCCUCCACUGUCUCCUCGCACAGCUUCGUCUGCCCUUCAGGGAUUUAUGCCCUAUAGCGACGAUCUCGAGAAGCAGGAGCGGUAUCGAUCAUAUCUUGUUUCUCAGCAGCACAACACCAAACAUCCUAACCCCCGAUUGCUUCCAUCAACAAGCGUCGAUGAGGUGAACAAAGAGCUGGCAGCAUUUGCAGCUUCGGCCCGCAUCUUCAAACCCAUGUCGUAUGCGAUGUCCUCGCGCUUCACCUCGGGCAGCUCAGCUCUGGCUGCUUCAGAUAUGAAACAGGCUAAGCCCGGCCUGCAUCUUUUUGAUGCCAGCAAGGGACCUCAGUUCGCCAAAGCGACGACGGAGGUGGAGGUGGCGCAAGAGCUCACUCUUCGGGAGCAGGCGGCUAAAGACGGUCGGUAUGGUGCUCUUACCCGCGUUGUGAAGGACUUCUACCCGGUGAAGCUGGUCUGCAAGCGAUUCCACGUAGCAGACCCGCACCCGGAAGGACCUCCAGAGGGCAGCGGGGCGUCGACGCCGAAGGCAGGCUACGGAUUUGACUCGGCACUUCCCAGGAACGAUGCUGCUUGGGAGUCUCACUUCAUUCAUCAGCCCGGCACCGAUAAGGAGAACACUUCGCCGCCUCCUGAAGAGACAGGAGAGCGUGUUCCGCGGACAAUCGCCGAAGUCGGCAUGGCCGACGACAUUAACCAGGGUCGCGAUAUCCUAACGUACACGAAGCCGAGCAUCGACAUUUUCAAGGCUAUCUUCGCCAGCGAUGAUGAGGACGACGAUGAUGAGGAAGACGAAGCUCCGCCGACGGCAGUGGCUGUGGUGGAUCGGAAACCAAUGGAUCCAUACCCUGUGGAUGAUAAGCCUCUCGAUUACGCCACCUUCAAGCCCGUCUUCAGGCGUGCAGGCGGUACCGCCGGCGCUGGAGGUGACAAAGAGGAGGAGAAAGCGGAGAAGAAAAAGAAGAAGGACAAGAAGAAACGUAAGGGUGUACUUUCAUUCGACAUUGGGGAGGAUGAGGAGGACGUUCCUCGCGAGAAGCCCAAGAAGAAAGCCAGAGCCAAGCGUGAGGAAGACGAGUGGGUUGAGAAGGUAACAUCGUCGAGCGCUCCUCCGGCUCCGCCAGCCUCCAAAGGCGCUACCAAUGACUAUGAAACCAGUAGGCAUGGUCGCAAAGGCGCAGCAGACUUCUUCUCAUAG